AUGAAAGCGGAGACCUUGCAGUGGUGCCUUUAACUAAAUAUUACACAGUUUGAAUUUUGGGGGUUUAUUAAUAUUCUAAUGAGACUUUUAACUAAUUACUGAAAGCCCUAAGUAUGUAAUUGACAGCAUUUCUUUUCUUUUUUUUCUUUUUAAAAAGGUCCUCCUUAUCGAUAACUUACGGUGGCUUGUACAUGUAUCGUCCUGACGGAAGUUCUUUUCUUUAUAUAGAUCUAUAAAUAGAUUCUUCCCAUGCAAACUUUUCUUUGGAAUUCCGUUUUACGUAAUCUUUUCAUUACUUUUACUAUUUUAACCUAGUACUGUUUUGAAUCCUAUGGCAUAUUCUGCUUUACGGAAUCAGUAAAGCACACGAAGGCACCAAAGCCCGUCACCCGACACGAAACCAUUUCAGAUCGAAGCAAAGAAGGCAUCAAAGAGUGUAUAAAAACAGAUAUUCGUACGCGAGACAAGGAAACACGUGUUAUGUGCCGGGAUUUACCGCUUUGAAUUGCCGGAAACCUGUGUUCAAAACGAGAGAGUGUUACAUGUAUGUAAUGUAGUUGAGGACAGGAGAACAAAAUAUAAAAAAGGACAAAAUGUCUAGAAAGGACUAUGUCAUGACGGUGCGCGAGGACACCUUGCACUACACGGUAGACGAUGUGGAAGUCUGCGAUGACAUCGACGACGCCUUCGACAUUGCCGACGUGCUGGACGUGAAUCUGGGGGGACUGGGUGAUUUGGACAGCAUCAAACAGAGGCUGAUCAUGCAUAUAGAAAAGGAAAAGGGCAACUACAAAACUCAGACCAUAGAAAAACUGAUGGAGUUUGCCAGGGAGGACGUGAGGAAGCGGCAGAAGAUAGUGGAACUGUUAAAAACAAUUCAGGACACACUCCGGAUGUUUGAUGUGCAGGAGGUACCUAAUGUGGAACGGAAAAGAGGGAGCGCGGCCCUGGAGGAAUUAUUAAUCACUGAAGGGGCGACGAAGAAUUUCGAAAUAGACUUUAACCAACGGAUCUCACAAGUGAAAACUGGGGACUGCAUGAUCGUUGUUUCAGGUGAGACCUCUGCUGGCAAAUCUAGCUUCCUCAAUCUUCUCUUUGGGGAGGAUAUUUUGCCGGUCCAUCACAACCCUUGCACAUCUGUUAUUACGAAAAUAUCGUACGGAGUGAACCGCCGAGCACGAAUCGUUCACAUGAAUGGAGACACGGAGGAAAUAGAGAAUAUACAUCAAGGAGAAAUGAAAGAUAAAUUGUGGGAUAGAAUAUUUGUGACCGAUGUAAACAGGAGAGAGAGUGUCUCUAGGAUUAGCGAGGUUCAACUGUCUCUUCCGAUGGAAAUAUUGAAGAGCGGAGUUGUACUAGUGGACUCUCCAGGAAUCGGUGAGAAUUCUGCCAUGGAUUCCGUUAUUACACAUUUUGUCUCAGAAAACCAUAUCAUGGGGUUUAUCUACGUCAUAAAAUCCGACAAUGCCGGCGGUGUUGAUGAAGAUAGACUAGGGAAUCUUCUAAAAGUGAUUAUUGACAAGCAAAAAAAGAAGUCAGACGAUACUGGAACAUUGUUUGACCCCAAAUGUGCAAUAUUUGUGUGUAACUUGUGGGACAAUGUCAAGAAGGACGAACAGGAACACGUGUACGAAUAUGCGGUUCGGAAGUUGGAGAACUACUGGCCUGGACUGGUUAGAUCCGGUGUGAUCCGGUUUUCAACUAAGCGUGCCAAAGAAGAACUGUCUGUUGACAAAGACUACAUUACCAAAGAUUAUAGACUUUUCUUGGAGGGUUUGAAGGAGUUGGUGGCCAAAGCAACAGACAAAAGAAUAAAGUCUACAUACAAAUGGAUGGAAACAGUCCUAUUUCGAAGUGUCCAUCACCUGAAAACUAUCGUCAAGUCCGUGGACGAUACAGAGCAGCAUUUAAAAACCAAAAUGAAACACGUUCAUGAAAAACUUCAGAGUUUACGGCUGAAGUCAGAGGAAGUCCUAAACGACCAGAAGGCACACAUAGACACAAGCGUUAAAGAAAUCUGUCAGUUAUUCCAAGAUGUUUUGAAACAACCGGCCACACAUUUCCGGCUCGUUCAUUGGAUACAACAGGAUUUAACUUCGAUAACAAAGGAUGAUAUGUGGCCCGAUGUCCAGAAAACCCUGCAUGAAACGCUUUUGAUUAGAAUCACCGAAGAAUUUACAAAGUGGGAGGAAGAUACUAAAAAAUGUCAGGCAGUGGAAAGAGAAAUUUUCAAUGAAAUCAAAGCAGAACUUCAUAUCUUACAAAGUGAUUUAGUCUCAAUAGAAGGAGAGUUGCAUUCUGAUUCCGACAGUGUGUCCUCGGAAGAAUAUGACCUCACCGCCAGGCGAAAGUCAUCUCUGCUUCAAAUCAAAAUAGGCCGAUGUGGCGAUUAUGAUUUCGACGUUUUGCAUGCUGCCCCAUUACCAGUCAAGCUGGUGAGCAGAUUUUUGCACCCUUUCGAUACAUUAUCAAAUAAGCUCCGGCAUUCUCGUAUAUACGAAACAUAUGAAAUGGCCAAAUGGAACAAAAAAAUGGAGAAGUUUAUGAAUGAUCCACUCAAUGUUGCCAAAAAUGUUUCGGAGAAGUUUCUUCAUCGAUUUUUGCAACCUGAAAAGGGUGAUGAAAGUCAACUCUUGAAGUUUGUUUCCGAAAUAAUGGAACGUCCGCGAGAAUUGCUAGAAGUCAUAGAGAAGAGCAUUCCUGCUAUGAUUAAAGCAAAUGAAGAGUUGCUAGACCACAUUUCGUUUUGUCGUAUAAAUACUACUGAAUCUCGCGAGUCGUACGAACAGAUGAUGGAAGGCAUGGAAACGCUGAAACAUCAUCUGAUGGAGUACGGAACGGGACAUAUUUAUGUUGAUGAUUUCAUGGGACGAGAGAUUCGUCUCCGAGAUGACUUUAACGAGUACGCAGACUCCGGUGAAUUCCGCUGCUCCGACAUCAUUCUGCGUUGUUCGAACAGUUCCCAAAAUGACAGGCGUAUACCACGAGGGAUUUGGACUGCUCUUCAAAGUGCAAGUUUAUACGACGAAAGUGAGAAAGGUGAUGAAGCCAUUCUCAUUAAAGUAUAUCUACCUUUGUCUGGAAUUUCAGAAACUUUUGCAGAAGUUACAAAAUUACGGUUUCUGGAUCACCCAUCUGUGGCCAAAUUCUUAGGGAUCCACCACUCAGACUCGCCGAUCCCCGCUUUCGUUUACUUGGAUCACAUGCAAAGUCUGAAAGUUUAUACAAACUCAACAUUCCUCCGUCUCAAGAAUGAAAUUCCGAGAAUACUGGAAGAGGUGGUAAAGGGGCUAGAAUAUCUGCACAGUAAAAAGCUCGUCCACAUGGAACUCAGUUCAAAUACCAUUACGGUGGACUUUCAUGGAAAUGUUAGAUUAACGGGAGGCUGCCUCCCCCGCUGUGCUACUUUCCCUAUGGAUAAGGAAACCAUCGGAGUAGGUAAUUUUGUAUACCUCUCACCGGAUGUUCUGAGGGGUGAAAUAUACAUUGCAUGCGCUGACAUCUACGCUUUAGGACUUCUGUUUUACGAGUUGUUGCUCAGCAAUCGCUGUUUCGACAACCAGAGGAUGAUGACUCUGGAUUUGUUUACAAGCAAAGUGGAUCCUAUUGGAAUGAACAAUGUCGUAGAAAAAUGCCAAGAGGCCAACAUGACAGAAUCGACUAAAAAUCUCAUUUUAUGGUGCAUGGAUCCCUCCGCGGAUAAGAGACCUACGAUUCAAGUGGUAGCAGAGAAAGUGGGCGACCUGAAACGCGAACCAUGUACACAGAAUUUCAGACGAAGCAAAUUCCAUACUGACAAACGACACAGAGCCCUAAAACGUGUAACGUCCAGCUCAACUGAUAUUUUCUGAAACUAUUGUGUAAGGGGGUGGUUUAAUAUCGAAAAGAAAAUUCGGUGACUAAGGUACAGGAUCUCGUCGUUUUAAAAGUGUAAAGAGAAGCAUGUUUAAUGUGGAAAUCCAAUAUCUUAAUAACACUUUGAAAGGAAACAGAAUGGUCUAGUCCAAUUUAAUUUCAUUGUACAUUCAAUUCGCUAUCUCCAUAAAAUUGAAAUUACCAUUUCACGUAGAAAUAAGUUAGCUCUGUUUAAAUUCAAGAUUGUGUUCGUCAUGUAAACACAUGGCAUUCAUGUUAUCAAAUAGUUUACAUCACAUUUACAGAACAAUUUAUGGAGACGGGUUUGCUUGAAAUAAAAGUGUCAUAUAAUAUAUAAAUGUGUAGUUUUUGGUUUGAGUAAAAUAUGAAUAUUGUCCAUUA